AUGACGCAAAAGGCUGCUGCAAAUCCUCAUCGCUCGGCGGUGGUCCAGACGGAACGCAAGCAUGACUAUUUAUACUCAAAAGACUAUCAUGUUUCGGGGCCAAGGGAUCACAACCGCGCCAUCUAUCGGGCAAAGACCAAUACUGAUAAUGUUAAGAAAAUGUUCAGCCAUGAAAAAAUGUUCUCGGAACUUCGGCAUCAUCCUCGGUUUGAGACGGUGCUUGUACAAAAAGACCCAGUACCUUCGUUUAUCAACAAGAAUUACCAAGACAAAGCUCAAAUCGACCGCCAGGAGACGAUGUUCUACGGAGCUAGGGAUGUCGGAGGCGAGGACAGAUACAAGUAUUUCAGAAGGCCAAAUGUUCCAUUCAGUCAGGCUCCAGCAGACGUAAUUCUUGAGCCACCACGCCAAGUUGUCCAUACAAAUGAUUCGGUCGUCCAAAGAACUCGUACACUCGCCACACAAACCGACUACCGCGAUCAAGAAUCUCAAACCGAACCAUACUCUCCCGACUACACGGUCGCCCCUGGUCAAAAUCCCGAGAUCCUCUCUCUCGCAGGGCUCAAGUACAAACGUGGCCUGCCAGCGGGCGUCGCCGAAGUGACGAUGAUCGAGCGUGCGCGGGAUAAACGUCGCUGGGAGGAAAGUCUCCCGCCGCUCAACGACCCGUCCCAGAUUCACAAGCGGCGGCUGAUGAUGGAGCAACGCGAAAAAUUUGAAUGGCAACAGCGUGACAGAGAAAUUGAAGAAAUCCAAAAAGAAAAACUUGACAUAAUGAAACAAGAAUUAAAAGCUGAAUAUGAAGAAUUUGCCGGAUUAUUGGAAGAAGCACUUGAAGAGACUGCUGUCAAGCUCGCGAAAGAAGCUGAAGUAAAAAUAGAUAAAGUAAAGAAAGAACACGUCAAGAAGCAAAGGCGAAUAAAAAAAUAUGCACACAUAGAUACGCCAUAUCUAGGAGAAGAUUACAAGCGAGACAUCGUUAAGGAUUAUAUUGAUUAUGGGUCGGAGACAUAUGCACCGAUCGCUAGACACGGUCAAAUCGGCGAUAAAACGAGCAGCAAGUACCACGUGCAGAGUAAAUAUCUCGACACUUAUGAAGGUCUAUGCGCGCUCGAAAGAUCCAUCGGGAAGAGUCUCACAGAAACGUACAUCCGCGCUCCUGCACCAAAACAAGGACCUGGCAAGGACGGCUUCGUUCGACGCAAGGACAGGAUGGACUGGGACCUCAAAGAGUCUUACGACAUCAUUCAGAAGCAAAAGGCCGAACGAGAGCUCAAGCGACAGCCGCGACUGCUUGUUGAAGUUCCUCCACCAGCACCUCGACCAGUUACUCCUACUUGCGAGGCGCCAGGCGAGAACUUCCAAAAGAAACAGAUCGCAGCAACUCUUCUUCAAAAACUCCUGCGAGGAAUGGCUUCGCGACGAGAAACUCUCGCCGAGUUGGAUAGACGACGCGAUCUCAUCGAAGAAGUCAGAUCUACUCACAUUCUUCUCGAGUCCGAAAAGAAGGCGAAAGAUGCCGAGAAGCAACGGGUCAUGGAUCGAAGGAAGGUCGAAAAGGACAUGCGAGCAGAGCACAAUGAGGUCUCAGAGAUUGUCCACGGCGUUGCUGGAAAGAAAGCGCAGAGAAUCUUGGACUUCUUGCAGAAUGAGCUUAUUCGACUUCAGGAUGAGCGAAGAUGCCAUGCAUUCGCAAUUCUAGCAGAGCGAAAACGACGCAUCCGGGAAGCCGAGGAAGCUGGACUUCGCCAAGAAGAAGAGCGCCGCCGCCGAGAAGAAGACGAAAUCUGGCAAGAAGUCGUCAAAACUCGCCACCAGUCCGUCGACCAGUACUUGCUCAAGAUCGCUAGCGAGGCAACCAACUUGGCUGCUGCUGAGCUCGCUGAAGAGCAAAUUGAAAAGAUGGUCGAUGUUAUUGACACAAACCCUCGUGGCCUCUCGUCACGCGACCAAGCUGCGGAUAUGGUUCACAACUUCUUGAUUCCCGAGGUCGUCCGACGAGAGCAUCUUGAAGAACCACAUCGAGAACGAGAAGCUCGACUCAAGGCUGCUCGAAAUCUGCUCUUCCCGAUUGUCGAUGGAGACGAGAAAGAGUGCCAGACCGAAGAAUAA